CCUCUCAAAACGCAUGCCAAAUGGAGAGACGCCCCACAGAAGCAGAGGCCAGAAGAUCCUCCCACAGGGGAAAUCAGGCCUUUACCACAAGAAGAACCUAUUUCUGCCUCAGGCUCAAAUCGAUCUGAAGAGAUACUUGGCUGAGGCUCAGGAGGAAACGAGGCAACUCAUUCAUCACAGUAACACACACAAUGCAGCCUUCUUAGCGCAGCAGAGUCAGAACUACAGCACUCUCCCGAGGAUCAACCACACUCGUGGUCAAGAGAACCAGCCAUGGUCCCAUUUAAAUGGUCCACUUCACCCACACAAUCCAUGCAAUGGUUAUGCUGCAGGACCAGAGGAGUGUGAGAGGCAUUUGUUAUCUCAGGUAGCGCAGCCCUGUGGUGGGCUGCAGCACGGUGCUGAUCCUAACGCCAGCCCAGCCAAAACCGCUUUACUCAGCCAAGCCUCCGGGCACCAUGGUCUGGCUAAUGGCUUCUCUGGGCCUCGUCAGUCGCCUCCUCCAAGCCAACAGGGCUACUACAAGCUGGAGAGGUCAGGGCCCAUGACUGUCCUGUCCACGGCUACUGAUGGGGUUCAGGGCCACUCUGCGGAGUCGACUCCAUCCAAGAACAGUGUCAACAGCUUUCUGGAGUCUCCUAUGAGUUUUCUGGAUACCCCUACUAGGAACCUGCUCAACACACCUUCCAAAAAACUGGCGGAUCUUCCUUGCUGUCAAUGUGUGGACCAAAUCAUUGAGAAGGAGGAAGGCCCUUACUAUACUCAUCUUGGGGCAGGACCCAGUGUUGCUGCAGUGAGGGAGUUGAUGGAGAACAGGUAUGGUGCCAAAGGAAAUGCAGUAAGAGUGGAAGUUGUUGUUUACACCGGGAAGGAAGGCAAGAGCUCCCAAGGGUGUCCAAUUGCUAAAUGGGUAAUCCGGCGUGGCAGCGAAGAGGAGAAACUGCUGUGCUUGGUCCGUCAAAGGCCGGGGCACCACUGUGACACUGCUGUGCUGGUGAUCCUCAUCCUGGCGUGGGAGGGAAUCCCUCGGCCGGUGGCGGACCACCUCUACCGGGAGCUCACAGAUACCCUCUUCAGAUACGGCUCCCCCACCAGCCGUCGCUGUGCCCUCAAUGAAGAUCGCACAUGUGCAUGCCAGGGUUUGGACCCAGACACUUGCGGAGCCUCGUUUUCCUUUGGCUGCUCCUGGAGUAUGUACUUCAAUGGCUGUAAGUUCGCCCGCAGCAAAGUGCCCCGCAAGUUUCGCCUGAUUGGAGAUGAACGGGAGCAGGAGGAGAAGAUUGAGAACAAUCUGCAAAAUCUCGCCACUGACCUCGCACCACUCUACAAAAGACUGGCUCCUGAGGCUUUCCAGAACCAGGUGGAGAAUGAGGUGUCAGGGGAGGAUUGUCGGCUGGGCAGGAAGGAGGGACGUCCUUUUUCUGGGGUCACAGCCUGUGUGGAUUUCUGUGCUCACGCUCAUAAGGACACUAGCAACAUGAAUAAUGGCAGCACUGUGGUUUGCACUUUAACCAAGGAAGAUAACCGCGCAGUGCGUAACAUACCAGAGGAUGAGCAGCUUCAUGUGCUGCCACUUUACAAGAUCUCUGACAGAGAUGAGUUUGGUCAAGUUGCAGGCCAGUGGGCCAAGGUCCAGAGUGGUGCUCUGCAAGUUCUGUCAGCCUUUCCCCGAGAGGUUCGCCUGCUGGCUGAACCGGUGAAAUCAGCCCGUAAGAUAAGACAGGAAGCUCGUCUGAAGGCCCAAGCAGAGCGGCAGGAGAAGAAGCUCGGCCUGACUCCUCUCACUCCUGGAAAAGUGAAAAUUGAAAACCCCAACAAAGAGCCACAAGGCUACUACAGCUCUUACAGACCACCACCCAGACCUGCCAGUGUUGGAAGGUACAAUCAACCCAGCACUUACAGCCAGAGCACCAGCAACUACCCCACUCCAGGUGCAGGGGUCACCCCACAGAGGGAGGUCAUCGCGCCUAACCACCACGGCCUGCCGGGCCUCCAGUUUGGACAGAACGGCUCAGCUCUCAGUUACAAGACAACGAGUGACACCGUGAAUGGUUAUUCUCCAGCAUCUGGUAACCAGAGCCUUCUGUCAGAACAUAUACCUCCACAUAACACCCUGAGAGACUACCCUUUUAAAACUGAGCCCAACGAGGUGCACUGCUCUCCUCUGCGCAGACUCUCCCCCAGUGCUCCUCCUCCCUCCUCUUUCUCCCCCAGACCUACCUCUGAGGGCCUCUUCAGCAGGCUCAACGGACUCCACAGGGCUGCAGAUGUCGCAGCCGAGGUCAGGGAUCAUGGCCUCCCUCCGGCCACAUCUCUUCCCCUGCAAACUCCCCCAGCUGAACCGGAGGAAGUUAAGCAGGAAGAGGUGUGGUCAGACAGCGAGCACAACUUCCUGGACCACGAAAUAGGCGGAGUCGCCGUGGCACCGUCGCACGGCUCCAUCCUGAUCGAGUGUGCACGGCGGGAGCUCCACGCCACAACUCCUAUCCUCAGGCCGAACCGCAGCCACCCCACCCGCAUCUCCCUGGUCUUCUACCAGCACAAGUCCCUGAAUGAGCCCGGCCACGGGAUGGCUAUGUGGGACGCCAAAAUGGCCAAGCGGGAACGAGAUAGGGAGGAGGAGGCCGAGAGGUUAAGGAUGGAGGGCAGCCUGGGCAACGGUGUGGGGAAAAGUGGCAACGGAGGGGCGGAGGGAGAGGAGGAUGUAGGUGAGGAUGCAGAGGAGACGAGGAGGAAAAUGAAUGUCCCCACACGUCAGGCGUGGACUCUCCCGAGGGACGGUGUCAUCACCGUGUCCCCUUAUGCUCUUACCCAAGUGACAGGCCCUUACAAUCGCUGGACUUAGUCAGCAUGUUUUACACACAAACACACACACAUACACAGAAACUCCUACACCCUGUGCUUCUGCCUUACCUCAAUCAACUUCAAACUGCUACUCUCAUUUUUAUGUCGUUUUCAUUGUGCUUUUCUAAUAUCUGUUCACUUUGUCCUUCUUCGUCUCUGCCUUCGAAGUGAUGAGGAAGACCAAAGUUUGUUGGCUUUUUAACUGUGAGUUUCGGUGUCAGUUUUUAUUGUAUAGAGAUGGUGCUUUGAAGCAUUUAAAGACGUUUUUAAACUGGUUUUAUAUACAUGAUUACGAACAAAAAGAUGUGAUUAUUUAUUCUGAUCAUAACGAUUUCUAUUUAAUUUCUGGUGUAAGCCUGUUUACUGCAAGAUUUCUAUGUUAACCUGCAUUAUGUGUUGACGCUCAGAAUUUAUGUUGUACAGUAGGACUAUACUUUUUUAAAAUUUUAGCCAAUAGUUCUCUUUUCAUGAGAUGAAUCUGAUUGGCUUUGACAUUGGUGCCAUUCUCACUGUAAUCUUUGUUAAGCAAACUCAUUACAUCACAUAAUGUAGAAGACAAGACUAAUAUUGUGUGUAUAUUUACUACAGAUUGUCACAUGUAGCAUUGUGCUUUUUCUUCUGCUGCCUCUGACUUCCGUUGGUGGUUGAUGAAAGAACUGUAUGUCUUUGGUUUCUCGUUUUGUUUUCUCUACAUCUGGAUGAUUUGUCUUUUAUUCACAGAUAUGUAUGGCAUAUUAAGAAGCACUUUUUUUUAUUUUCCUAAACCUAACUUGAAAAAGGUCCCAGUCCAUAGGCCUAAAUAUGUAUGUACAGACAGAGAUACAGUAUAUAUGACAGUUUAGCAUGAACCCUGUUUUAUUUUUACAGUAUUUCUGCAUUUAUUUGCUACUCAUUUGAUUGAAAAUAGCAUACAUAUCAAAUGAAACUUAAUGAGGAAUCAUGAAAUGCGGCAUCAGUGAAGUGCUUAUUAUUAUUAUUAUUGUUGGCACUUAGUUUAUGCUCAGCUCCUGGAAAAGAAUUCUAAAAGUCCUUCAGAGGGAACAAGCGUGAUCAUAGGAAUUCAAAAACUUACUGUACAUUUUAAUGGUGCUAACAAAACGUCUGUUUUUAUUAAGGAAACCACAAAGUGACGGAAACAGAACAUUUCCAGCUUUUAUGUCCAUACUCUGGAUUUGAAUAUAAAAAAACUGUGUUAGCCACUGCUGAAUAAUCAAACUUUUUCCUCUGCUGCCUCUUCUUUCCUCUUUAUUGUAAAACCACUCAAAUAUCAGAUCCCACUCAGACAAUUGCCUAAGACGAUUUCGGGUGCUCGACCCUCGUGAAGACUUUGUUUACAGAUAACUUUCUUACAGGGUCUGAAUAAAGGGGUUGCCGUCAACUCCUGGUGAAUCAGGAUUUUUAUUCUUUUUUUUUUUUUGUUACCCACAAAAGAGAAGCUCUUCAUUUUAAGAACACAUCAAUGACAUUUUAGCACAACCGAUAUAGACCUUUCACUGAUAGUCACACUAAUGCUGAUAAGCAUAAACAUGUUGUUUUUUUACACUCUUUGACUUGCUUUUGGUGCUAAUAGGACAAGACGUCAAGGUACACACAUUGACUUAACCUGCUUGUAUACUUACAUAACAGUGAUGGCAUGGUGCUUUUGAAACUCAGCACUCACUGACCCGGUCUAUGAUUCAAUGCAAAGGUAGUUUAUUAUCAUUUCUCUGGAUCUUGAAGAACUUGACAACUGACUGAGAUGCAUUAACCGCAAUGUUAGUCGAGUGCUAGUCAGAAAAAAAACACAAAUUACUGUGCAGAAACCCAUCUAGAGUUCAGAUGUCUUCCACGGAUAACCCAGCUCUCUAACAGUUCUCAAAAAUCACAUGCAAGAAAAAUGAAUGUAAACAUUUUUUUAAAAAUCUGUUUAUUCAGAAAGAAUAUUUUCAGACAUCACAUCACAAAAUUACCGUUGUAAAUGUUUGUUUCGAUUUAAUGUGGCUGACUUUCUCAGUCCACGCUGAACAUGUUUGUAUCAAUAAGGAACUAACAAAGAGCACCAGCAUUCAAAAAACAGAAAAAAAUAACUUUUAUUAGUAGAAAAUGUGUAAAUAUGUAUGUGAACCACAUUGUUUUUACUGUAUUGUUAAUGGUGUUUAGACAAUGGGUGAUCUUGCUUAUUUUGAAACUGAAUUACUGUAUGUUGCUGAAAGUAUAUCCAGUUUAGACUUGAGAAGAGACUAAAUUUAGCAUUCCUUUUAUGGAUGGCUGAUCUCUUUCGGGAUUGUGAAAUAAAGUCAUAUUUAUAUUUUGGACCUGA